UCGAUGGUUCGUUCACGAGCCACACCUGGAUAAAUGGAACGUUGUACCGUAACGUCGUUAUGUAAAUUCCCUUGGGAAAUCUUCAUAGUUUUACUGCGCCCCACAGAUGAAAAUCUAUGUUUCUCCAUUACGAUACGAACUGCAACUUUCCCGACAGAGUUUAUGGUCCUUUCUAUAUAAAGUCAUUUUGAAGUAUCGCUGAAAGUGAAGAACACUCCAGAAUUUUACCUGAGAUCUCAACCAACAGUUGAAAUAGUUUCUCGCACUAAUUAUUCCGUAAUAACUUUCGUCAGGGAGGUAGAUUGUGAGUCAGUCUCACAAUGAACUGGGAAUUCCUCCAGAGCCUCCUCAGUGGGGUGAACAAGUACUCCACGGCGUUCGGCCGCGUGUGGCUGUCCGUUGUCUUCCUCUUCAGGGUCAUGGUGUUUGUCGUGGCAGCCGAGAAGGUGUGGGGCGAUGAGCAAAAAGACUUCACGUGCAACACGGCCCAGCCUGGCUGCCACAACGUCUGUUACGACCACUUCUUCCCUGUGUCCCACGUCCGCCUGUGGGCCCUGCAGCUCAUCUUCGUCACAUGUCCCUCUCUCCUGGUGGUAAUGCACGUAGCCUACAGAGAUGAACGUGAGCGUAAACACACACUAAAAUACGGCGAGGGCUGCCAGAAAAUCUACAUGAACACCGGUAAGAAGCGUGGAGGGCUGUGGUGGACCUACGUCCUGACCCUGGUCUUCAAGAUGACUGUGGACGCCACCUUUGUGUAUUUAAUCUACCAUAUCUACGAGGGCUAUGACUUCCCCUCCCUCAUCAAGUGUGAGCAGAAGCCCUGUCCCAACAAGGUGGACUGCUUCAUUGCUCGCCCCACUGAGAAGCGGAUCUUCACCAUCUUCAUGGUGGUCACCAGUCUGGCUUGUAUCCUGCUCUCCUUCUUGGAGAUCCUGUACCUGGUCGGGAAACGCUGUAAAGAGGUCUUCACCCGUAUUAUGCACAAGAACUCACCCUCCUCCACCAUUCAGCCACGCCAGAUGGCCAUGGCUACCUCCCUGGUGGUUGGUGGCAAGAAUGGAAUGCAGUCCAACUCAUUAAAGCUGCCCUCAAUAAAGCUACCCAGCAAGGAUACCUCAGCCCCAUCUUAUAGCGUUGUCGUGUAUGCCUGAGGUAAAGACUGGACAAAGACAUUAGAGACUGAAUGAGAGAAUGCAAAGAAGACAUAAGUUUGGAGGCAAUGGGAAAUAUCUUCCAUUUCUCUUCAGGCCCUCACUGGGCUAGAGAGUACCUCACUGCCAUUCAAGACUGUCUUCUCAUUGCCUGAGCUACAAUGGAACUGGAUAGCUCUUGACAUUCCUGGAUAAAUUGUUUACCUACCAUUCUGUCAUUGACCUGGUAAUUAAACAAAUCAAUUAGUCACUUUAAAUAAAAUAUCCAUCAUUUACAGAGGAAAGUUUCACGCUAGGGCUGGGAAAUGUAAUGUAUUCUUAUGUUAUUUGUUCGCUGUCUACCACACCUCACAACUUUACCAGUGCUAUUUUUAUGAAAGGACUCAACCAUUGCCACACUGUGCCCAUACCACUGCUGUUCUUAUGCCCUCGAGAAGUUGUUUUCCCUGUCUCAUCCUUCAUUACGAAUGGCAGAGACUGCAUCAGGCUUUGUUGUGAAAAAGAUGAAGCAAAGAGCAAUGUAUUUUCAGACAAUUAAAAAUAUGUCAUUUCUUC